AUGGCUAUACAGGACACGAUCUUUACUCUCCCCCCCACGACUUCACUCUAUCCCAACGCCGACUCUCCCCGACGUAAUCUCCAGCAAUCUAAUCUAUUCCACGUCUACGCAGCCUUCCUCAUCAAUCCUGACGUGAAGAAGAUCUUCCGCCCGCUCCAAACCCGCGGGUCCACACUUCUCCCCUUCCCAUGCCGUGACAUGUCUUACGCACCACACUCGCCGCCCAUCCACUCGGUGCCAACCGUCCCAUCUGCACUUCUCCCUCCGCAACAUUGCAACGUUCGCACUCUCUCGGCCAGCUCCUGA